UUCCUUGUGUUUUAUUUCAUUUCGAGGAGACUUAUAAUGUAUCAAGAGUUGUCGUUCGUCGUUAUUUCGAAACAACUUCAAUGGUGAACCUUAAUCUGUUAAUCGUUGAACUUUAGACCUAGAGAGGGCGUACAGGCGAGUUUUUAGAUUAUAUGACCGUGAAAAUAUUUACGGUAUACCAAAAAUGAGAAACCGUCCAACUAGCAAAGCCAGUGCCAAAGAGGGUGCAGUAGUGCACGAUGAGACAGGACCCCGGAAGUCAAUCAAAGCCCGGAAGAGGAAAUAUGAAGAUAGACAAAUUAAUGAAGUUAACACCCCUACAAAAGACAACAAACAAAGAAAAUUACAGAAUGAUCAUAGUACGAAUAGAAAGGCAUCAACAUCGGUAAGAGGACCUAGAAACCAGUCUAUGGCGAAAGGAAACCCUAGAAGAAAGCGGAAUAAAAUGCAUGAUGAAAAAAUGAAAAGACCACUGAACAAAUCUGAAGAAAUUACCACACAUAAAUCAGUAUUGCAGACAAAGGAACCUAAGAGAGUAACUAGGUCUUCAUCUAAAAGUGCUGGCAACAGUAAAAAAGGAGCAAACAAGAACUCUGAUUCCAAACUGAGGCAGCAGAUAAAAGGAACUCGAGAAAGGAAGGGGCGUCUUCCGAAACAGACCAGCAAAACAAGAGAAAAUAAGCAGCCAAAGACCUCUAUACCUCAAGACAAACCAGAAAUGGAAACACGCCAAAGACGAGUCAGAACUUCCAUUAAAGCAAGUGCUGAAGAGAAUGAAGUUAGAAAGAGUUCGAAAUGCCGGAAAAGGAAAAGUGGGGAUGAACAAAAGGAUAAAAGUUCAUCAAAGGGUGACUCCUCCAAACAGAGACGUAUUCAUUUUCACCAUAACAACGGUGGUAUGGAAAUGCAAGGACCUGCAUCAACGAGUAAACUUAAAAGCAAGUGAACAAAUCAAAAGGAAAACAAGCAAGUCUUGGUAUUGAAAACUCAGAAACUAAUUCUGUAAAAUCAGUCAAUUUGCAAAGGAAAAAUAUCCAAAAAAAAAUCAAGAGUUCUGGCGGCAAAGACAAGGAAAGUGGCUCGAAGUUCUCACAAAAAGGCUGAAAAUAGCCAGGAAAAAGUAGGUAAAAACUUUAAAUCAAAACUACAGAUGAAUGAUCCAGAUGCUGGGAAAAGGGGGACAGUGGGAAAAUUGAGGAACCAAAGGAAGAUGGUAGAGGCAAACAAGCAAAGCUUACCCAAAGGUCAAAAAUUAACAAAGAAUAUCAAAAAUUCUAAAGAGUCGGAAGUUUACACAUCUGCACCAAAGGCCUUCUCUGACUUGUUUUUAACAAAAGUUGACAUAAAAUUUAAUCUCAAAUCAAGUCUUGGAAGCAUUCAUGGAAUUAGUAUAUCAGGUGACAAUAUAUGGGUGAAUUACUUAUCAAUGAAGCAGGUAAAAAUGCUCAGUUCUUCGGGUGAGAUUCUCAGAUGUUUCAGUCUAGACCAUUGCUAGC